AUGACGAAAGUUCGAGUCUUGAACGUCACCUGCGUCUUGCUCUCGCCACAUGACGGCGUCCCUCCGGAACCCGUCAAGCUCUCCUUCUUAGACGCCUCCUGGAUUUCUUUCCUCCCCCAAGAACGGCUGCUGCUGUUCAGCACCGAACGUCCAAUCCCCUCCCUCGUCGAAGAGCUCAGGGAGUCCCUCUUCCGGAGGAUCUCUAGAUAUUAGACCCUCGCCGGGAAAUUCACCCACGUCGACAGCACCAGCGACCUCGUGAUAAGUUUCUCCGGCGACGGAGAGGACGGGGUCGAUUACAUAUGGGCAGAGGCGGAGGGGAUCGAUUUCCAGCUGCUCACGGACGACAAGCACUACGACAUCGAGUCGUUCUUGUCUCUUGUGCUGUUCUUGGACGCGAGUCAGCUGCCGGCUCCGGUGUUCUCUUCACCACUGGAACUUCCGUGAUGGUCGAUUUUAGCUAUCCGACUAUAUGUGAAAUUCAACAAUCGGCGUGAGCUAUCGAUGAGAACCAUCGUCGUCAGUUCAGCGAGCAUCGCCUCCUUGAAGAACCGAGGCGUCAGCGCUCACCGGCUCUCGACACUGAGGUAUCAGAGCCUACAGGCACUCAAGUGUGGAUCUAAUGGCAUCUUCUUCUCUUCUCAAAUCGUAUCCACCAUCGCGCCUUCGAUUAUCAUGGCUGUUCCGACCAGUCUGGUGGUUCCUGUCCAAUUGACUGGAGAAAAUUUCUCGGUAUGGAAGAACACGAUCGUCCCUCUUCUUAAUGUCUACGAUCUUCAAAAAUACAUCAAUCAAGACCUGCCGGCUGCCACGAUCAAUGAUCAACCGAAUCCUGCCUAUCAAGCCUGGUGGCACAACGAUCAGUAGGUGCUCGGCUUUAUUAACUCCUCUCUCUCAGAAAUCAUUCUAUCUAAACUAGGUCAAAAAACAACCGCCAAGGAGCUCUGGACAGCCAUUCAGAAAACCUACUCCUCGUCCGAUCGCUCCCGCAUCAUGGACCUUCAACAGCGCCUCCACAACUUUGUCAAAGGCGAUUCCUCCAUCGAAGAAUACAUUCAAAGGUUCAAACGGCUUGCCGAGGAACUUGCUCUAGCCAGUAAACUUGUUGAAGAAACGUCUCAGAUCUGUGUUUUUUUAAGAGGCCUCGGUCCCAAAUAUAGCGCUUUUGAUAUUAGCAUUAAUGCUAAUCUCGAUCAUCUUACCUUCGAGGAUAUCACAUCCAGUCUUCGAUCCCAUGAAGCCAUAAUAGCUUAUCACCAACAGAUGGCUCAUUCGACACUCUUAUCUACCGUAGCACCUCCGACAAAUCUUGCCCAAACUAAUCAAACCGACAAAUCUUCUGGUCAUCUGCAAAAUUGGUUUCAAUCCAACCGUGGAUCCGGCAAUAAUCGUGGAAGACGAGGACGGGGGAACCGGAAUUGGCAGCCACGCUAUCAACUCUGUUCUCAAUUCGGCCAUUGGGUGUUUCAAUGUAGGGAACGGUUCAACCCUGCCUUUCAACCGCAACCUCAACACGCCUACAACCUACUUGUCCCAAAUCUCCACAUAUCACUCAGCGCUUACUUGACAACUCAUCAUAAUCCACAACCGGCACCGCCCGAUAGUGGUGCUACUCACCACAUCACACCUGAUCAAAGGAUCCUCCACUCAUAUACUCCUUAUCAAAGCGCCAAUCAGCUGCAGAUAGGUAAUGGCUCAAGUAUGGCUAUUUCUUCUACGGGCACCACUAUAAUUAAAACCCAUUCUUUUCUCUUAAAAUUAAAUAAUAUAUUGCAUGUCCCUCACAUUCGAAAACAUCUACUUUCCAUUAAACAAUUUACCACUGAUAAUAACGUUUUCAUUGAAUUUCAUACUACCUACUGUCUCAUGAAGGAUGAGAAAAAACCUCCAAAAUCCUCCUCAAGGGAACAACAGAAGAUGGACUUUAUCUUCUUCAAUCACAUGGUCAACCUUUGGUUUUCUUGGGAGCAAAGACAGACCUUGCUACAUGGCGCAACCAUCUAGGACAUCUCUAAUUUCAAAUAUUAAAUAAGAACAUUAAUUAACAUGGGCUUCCCUUAUUUCACAUACCCAAAAAUAAUUUCGAAUUUUUUCAUACUUCUUCUCAUAUUUCUCCCAUUACAUCUCUUUUUCAUUUCUCUUAUUACGUAAUUUUUAUUGAUGAUUAUAGCAAAUUCAUGUGGUUUUAUCCUCUCAAAAAUAAAAGUGGUGUUUCAAGCCUUUAUCGAAUUUCAAGCAGAGGUAGAAUGACUUUUUUCUAGUAAAAUUCUUUCAUUUCAAUCAGAUUGGGGUGGUGAGUUUCAAGUAUUGACCAAGCAUUUUCAGGGUCAAGGCAUUUAUCAUCGCAUUUCUUGUCCUCAUACACCUCAAGAAAAUGGGACUACUAAAUGCAAAUAUAGACAUCUUAUAGAGACAGCCCUAUCUCUUGUCAAACAGGCCUCUAUGCGCCAAGAAUACUUGGAUGAAGCCAUGUACAGCUACUUAUCUUAUUAAUCAAAUGCCUACCUCCAUUCUAAAAUUUAAGAGUCCUUUUGAAAUUCUUUACAGAGUUAUAGCUGACUAUCAAACACUCAAAACCUUCAGAUGCCUCUAUUAUCCCUACACUAAAUCUUAUGCACAACAUAAAUUAAAAGAUAGAUCCGGAUCCUUUUUAUUUUUAGGAUAUAGUUUACAUCACCACAAUUAUAGGUAUAAGUCUCUUGCUUCCAGAAAAAUUUAUAUAUCUUGUCACGUAGUAUUCUAUGAGUCCAUAUUCCUUCACUCCACACCACAUCUAGUCAAACCCAAUUCCUCCACUAUUGAUAGAAGAAUUCUAGGUUUCUAUCUUAACUAUGUAUCAGUUCCUAUCCUUCCUUCCUCACCCCCGAUUCUACCCCUCCUUCAACUUCCUCCCCUUCGCACCAAAUAACAGCCACCACCACUUCCUUGUCCCCCACUCAAAUUACUCUCAUUUCUGAUUCCCCUACUCACUUGUUACCUGAGUCAACCCCUCACCCACCCAAUAGUGACAAUUUAGAUCCAACCUCUUCUUCCUCAACUCCACCAGCCAAAUUUAGUCGCAUCAGUCAUCUCUAUAGGGAUACCACAACAGUCCAUCUAGCUGCCACCUAUUUAGCAACCUCUUAUCAACUAAAUGUCCGUUACCCUAAUGCUACCAUCUUACUCUCUCUCACAAGGAACCCAAAAAUUUCUCCACUGCCUCCAAACAUUCCCUAUGGAGACAAGCCAUGGAAUCGAAGUUUGAGGCUCUCCAAAAAAAUCAGACUUAAACCUUAAUCCCACGGCCCCUUAACACACAUAUAAUUGAGUAUAAAUGGGUCUACCAGUUAAAACUUAAAUCCGAUGGAUCUAUAGACUGGUAUAAAGCCUGAUUAUGGCAAAAGGUUUUUCUCAAUAAGAAGGGUUUGAUUAUUUCGAUACUUUCUCACCUAUCAUCAAAAUACAACCGUAAGGCUCCUUCUAUCCAUACUUGUUAGUCACCAAUGGCACAUCCAUCAAUUGGAUGUGUCCAACACCUUCCUCCAUAGAGAUAUCACCGAGAGUAUCGUCAUGGAGCAACUAGAGGGAUACAAGGACUCCAAUUUCCGUAAUCAUGUCUACAAACUUCAUAAAUCUAUCUAUAGAUUAAAACAAUCCCCUAGAGCAUGGUUUUCCAAGUUAUCUUCUUAUCUUAUCUCUCUCGAUUUUAUCAAAUCAAAAACAUAUACCUCCUUAUUUUUUCCAUAAAAAAACCAUUAUUUAUUCUAAUUUAUGUUGAUGAUCUACUAAUUAAUUGACCAAAUUUUCGUUUUAUUAAUUUUGUUAUUUCAUCACUGAAUAACAAAUUUGCUAUUAAGCAUCUCGGGCAUGCUCACUUUUUCCUUGGAAUAGAAUUACUUCAUGUUUCCACAUGUUAUCUUCUCUUGCAAUCCAAAUAUCUAGUUACAAUCCUUCAACGGGUAUGUCUGGAUCAAUGCAAGUCUUGUCAACUUCAUGGUCAACCUCUAUAACCGACUUUCUCAACAACACUUCACUUCCCGAUCCCAAGCCUUAUAGAAGCAUCCUCAGUGGUCUACAGCUCACAAUAACAUGUCCGAACAUGUCCUAUGUUGUGAAUCAGGCAUGUCAAAAGAUGCACAACCCCCUCUCAUGAAGAUUUGCAAACCCUCAAACUUCUUCUUCACUAUCUAAAGUGCUCAAUUACUUUGGACCUUCAUCUCUCUCAUGACUCCCCUCUUCAGCUCACAGCCUAUAGUGACGUGGAUUGGGCCUCUUCUAAGGAUGAUCGCCGAUCUACUAAUAGUUAUCUUGUUUAUCUCAUAAGAAACUUAAUCUCCUAGUCAUCGAAGAAACAUUCUACCAUCUCGAGAUCAAGUAUAGAGGUUGAGUACAAAGCUCUAGCAAACACGGUUGCUGAGCUUAUCUAGUUAAAUUUCCUUCUUAAUGAAAUUCAGAUCAAGCCACAAGGAGCUCCAAUUCUACUACGACAGUCUAAGAGCUACAUAUAUCUAUCUAUUAAUCCCGCCCUCCACACUAAAAUGAAACACAUUGAGAUUGACUUUGACUUCGUCCGUAAAAGGGUCGCUACCAAAAAACUACAAAUCGGAUUUCUUCUCAGCACUCAUCAGCUCACUGACAUCCUAACAAAACCUCUCCUCAAAAGUUUGUUUUAAUGGCUAAGAAACAGGCUAAAUCUCGUUCCGAAUAUUAGCUUGCGGGGGACUGUUAACGCAUAAGGUAUUCAACAACAACACGUGCCAACACCAUAACCGUCGCCCCAGCCAAUCAAACAUCGCCAACAAUCAGAAAAGAUUAAAACUCUCACUCAGUCAUCGGUGAACACGUACGAGAGUUAAAUAUAGAAACGGCUAAAACUACAGUGACGUCACGGGACCCCAUCCAAUGGAUCUAUUUUGAUCUUAUAUAAAUCGCUUGUAUUCAUCUAUUUUGGUCAAAGGAAGAUUUGCUUUCUCUUGUUUCCUCUCUCUCUCUCUCUCUCUCUCUCUCUCUCUCUCUCUUUCUCUUCCUCUUCCUCUGUUCUUCCCGUUCUGCCAGUUCCUUCCUAAACAGGAACUCUCCAUCUCUUUUACCUAUGUGUUCCUUAAUUUUCGCUGCUUACUGCCGCUUCCACCUUGACCCUCCCGUCGAAGACCGCUACUUUGGCAACUGCAUCAAGCCCUGCGAAGCCGUGGCGAAGGCGUCUGAGCUUCUGGCUGGUGGUAACGAGGGCUUUAAGGCGGCUUGCGCAGCGGUUCAGAAAGCCGUCUAGGAGGACACUAGAGAUCCGUUGAGCAACGUUGAGCGCUGGAUAACGAACCCGUUUCCUCGGGGGCUACAGAUGAACAGACUGGUGAUUGUGGCGGGGUCGCCGAGGUUCCGGGUGUACGAUGUGGAUUUCGGAUGGGGAGGGGCGAGGAGGGUGGAGAUGGUAUCCCCUGACGGGAAUAGGGAGGCGGCGCUGCUCGCGGCGAGAGGGGGCGUGCAGCUCUCGGUGUCCACCUCACGGCUGUGCAUGGAUGCCUUAGCCUCCUCCUUUGUGGAUGGUCUGCAGGCCUGA